ACACAUGUGCGUUCCCUCGUAGUAGCCAUGCUUUUUCCAUAGAAGACUUUUACAUUUCAUCACUUUGUGGUUAUUUUAAGACAUAAAACAAGAUGCCAAGAGAUAUAUCAUCUUCAUCAAGUGAAGAUGAAGCGGACAGCCCCAGUACGGAAUCACCGGCAAAGCAAAAAGAAAGCAAUAAGAAGCCCACCAGGUACCAGUGUCCUGCUGACUUUGUGUCUUUCUGCCAUAAGCCCUGCAGCAGCACACUAACAGACAGUCUGAAGAAGAAGAAGAAAGAGUUAUGGCUCAUUAAAGCUCCUGCCAGCUUUAACCCAGAAUGCAUCAGUGGCAUCAAGGUGCCCCUCUCAGGCCUCCAGACUGUGAAGAUUCCUACUCCUGUCGCCGGAGCCAAGCAGCAGAUCUACAGCGUCCUAGCAUCUGCUCAUGGUACCUCAGAGCUCUGCCUGCUCACCAGCAACAAGCAGUCGUCCGAUGGUGUGGUUUUUGGCCCUGCUUUCUCAGGCCUGCUUAAUGUAUGUGAGACCUACGGAGACAGCAGCACCAACCAGGCCCCUCAGGUCAUCCCCGCCACUCCAGCGCCCUCCAUACCACCAGGGCUCAAACAGCGCUUUCACCCGUUCGGCAGCAAGACCCCAACACUCACCUGCGUGGCAGACAGCGAGACAGAUGGAGCCACAUUCGGGCCCUCGUCCACCACCCUUCGGCCCUUGGUAGCCAAACGACUUAUAGAAGAAGUAGACGAGAGGGAUGAGGAUGACGAGAGGAAAAAGAAGAAGAAGAAAAAGAAAGAAAAGAGAAUAAAGACAGAGCGAGAGGAGGAGAAGGAGAAGGAGGAGGAGGUGGUGGUGAGAGUGAAAAAGGAACCUGUAGUUGAAAUCCAUGAUGACCUGACAAUGGAGAUCGACCUCCAGGAGGGCGACAUUUCACAGGAGAAGAGGAAGAAGAAGAAGAAAAAGAAGGACAGGGAGCGAGAGGAGGUGGAGGAGGGAAUAGAGCCUGCUUUUAGUGUAAAGCAGGAAGACGUCACAGUGAAAUCUGAACCAAUAGACACUUCGUAUGGUGAUGCAGUGAACAGCUCGGCGAAGAAAAAGAAGAAGAAGAAGAAAAGCAAAACUGAUGAUGACUAGUUGUUUAUUUGUUAUUGGAUGUUUAUUUUUGAUUGUUCAUUUUGUGACUUUAUGAACCCAUCCGGGAGCCUUCAAGCUCAUUGAUAGAUUGCAUUAUGCAAGACUUGCAUUGGCAGGACAUUGUAUUCUGAAAAAAUAACACAUCCUGAAUCAAUUAAAUAGUGACAUGAAUUCUAAAGUGGAUUGAACCCAGUGUCUUAAUGGCCAAUGUUCCUAUCAUUUUGAGCUCAGAAAGUGACAGUUCUUACACAAAGAAUGUUUGCAGACAUCUAUGACUAUAAAAUAAAAUAAGCAGAUUUCUGCCACAGUCUUAAAGUUGUGGUAGAUUUUAUGAGAUUACGCUCUCACUGUGUUGCUGUGUUUGUGUACGUAUUUACACAACAAGACUUGUAGUUUGACAGCACGUUCAGAAAACCAGAGUAAUGACUCAAUGUCGUGUCAGACUCAUUGUUUGUAGAGGAUUUGAGUCACAUGUAUUGGGAAAUUAUCUGUGUGCGGGAAACACAUGUCACAAAAUAAACUCCAAUUGUGAUUAAAGGAAAUGAGAUUGA